AUGUCUAGUGUAGUUGUUUCAACAGGUACAGAUACCGUUAAUGGAGGUGCUGAAAAGACUGUUUCUAAAAAUUUAACCACUCGUGAUACUUAUGGUAAAGCUUUCAAAGUUCCUGAUUAUACUAUCAAAGAUAUUUUAUCCGCUAUUCCAAAACAUUGUUACGAGAGAUCAUUGAUCAGAUCCUUGGGUUACGUCGUCAGAGAUAUCACUUGUAUGUGUUUGAUCUCUUAUGCUGGUAGUAAUUUAAUUCCUAAAGUUGAAAUCGAUCAAUAUGAACAAUUAUCAAAGGUUUUAAGAGGUGGAUUAUGGUGUUUACAAAGUUAUUUGAUUGGAUUAUUUGGGUUCGGUUUAUGGAUUUUAGCUCAUGAAUGUGGUCAUGGUGCCUUUUCUGAUUACAAAAAUGUUAAUGAUUUCAUCGGUUGGGUUUUACACAGUUAUUUAAUGGUUCCUUACUUUUCUUGGAAGUUUUCUCAUUCUAAACAUCAUAAAGCUACUGGUCAUUUAACUAGAGAUAUGGUUUUCAUUCCUUACACUAAAGAAGAAUAUAAAAAAGCUCACAAUGUUUCAAAACUCAGUGAAAUCAUGGAAGAUUCACCAAUUAGAACUUUAUUAGGAUUAAUUUUCCAACAAAUUGGUGGUUUACAAUUAUAUUUAGCUACUAAUGCUACUGGUCAAGAAUUAAAAGAAUAUUCUAUGCCAUACAAAUCUCAUUACAAUCCUACCAGUCCAAUUUUUGAAAAAAAUCAAUUCUGGUAUAUUGUUUUGUCAGAUAUUGGUAUCAUUUCAACCAUUUUAAUGGCUUAUAAUUGGUAUAAAUACGAUGCUUUCCAUAUGCUCAUCAACUGGUUUAUGCCUUGGUUAUGGGUUAAUCAUUGGUUAGUUUUUGUUACUUUCUUACAACAUACUGAUCCAACUAUGCCUCAUUAUAAAGAUCAUGAAUGGAAUUUUGCUAGAGGUGCUGCUGCUACUAUUGAUAGAGAUUUCGGUUUCAUUGGUCAACAUAUCUUCCACGAUAUUAUUGAAACUCACGUUUUACAUCAUUACGUUUCAAGAAUUCCAUUCUAUAAUGCUAGAGAUGCUACCAAAGCUAUUAAAGAAGUUAUGGGUGAUCAUUAUAGAUACGAUGGAUCAUCCAUGUGGAAAGCUUUAUGGGAUUGCAGCAGAGCUUGUCAAUUCGUUGAUGAUGAAGAUGUUGACGGUGUUAUGAUGUUCAGAAACGUCAAUGGUGUUGGUGUCAAACCAUCAGAUUAG